UUUUGUAUCUGUUUUCAUGAGCAAAGGUUUAAUCUUGGAUUAGGCAUGCAUGGAGUUUACAUCAAAUCCAGAGCUAAAUCCUGCAAUAAUAUGACAGGAUUAAAGUGCCAGUGUGUAUGUGGUUUGAUGGAGAAAAAGGAGGAGCUACCCAGUGGAAGUGGGUGGAGAAAUGGGAGCAUGGAGACAAUCCAAGCGUCAUGAUCUUAGCUGUGGAAAGGGGAAAAGUGUGUUUUAUAAGGACAGACGCGGCAGGGAGUGUACCCUCUCAGCUCAGACAGCAUCCACUCUUAUCCAGAUGUCUGAGGAGGGUUUUAAGGGCUAAAUCCAAGUCCACCACACUUCGGCUUCAUUCCUACGUGGACCUGCUUGGGUAGGGUCUCCUGGACAGAGAAGACAGAAGCAUGUGGAUUCUUUCUCCACCUUAAACCAUUCCUCAUUUGUGUGUUGAGUGAGCGUUCUCCAGCUGCGAUGAUGUUCUGCACCACUUUCCUCUCCGCUCCCUCCGAAGACCUGACAUGCGAAGGCGGCGGCGGAGCUUCAACUGGAGGAGGAGGCUUAGGCCCGGCAAGCUGCUUGUCAUCCUUGCACUGCCUGGUUCUCCCUCAAGAUGAACUCUACUCCAAUCUCUCCCAGAGCGACACAUCCGCUGCCCGUCGACUCUCGGUUUACUCCCAAGUGCGAGCCCGCAGUUUUAUCGGCGACAUGCUGCGGGAAGGCAGCCAAUGUCGGGAUAGAGAUGGCACGGGGGUUUGGGACAAGGUGGGGAGGAGACGCAGUCGAUCCACUUCGCCUUUACCCAGCAAAACAAUUAAAAGUCCUUUUAGCGAGAGUGUGAAAGGUCCCUCGCUGCCCAUGGCCACUGUGGACAUCAAAAACCCCGAGAUCAGCAACAUUCAGCGUUUCCAUAGUAACACCCAGGUGAACAACUUAAUGCACUCCACUUUCCCCAAGCGGGAGAAGAAAGUCCGAGGCAAAAAGAAGAGGCUGACCAAGGCAGACAUCGGCACACCCAGCAACUUUCAACACAUUGGACACGUAGGCUGGGAUCCAAACACAGGCUUUGACGUAAAUAACUUGGACCCCGAACUGAAGAACCUCUUCGACAUGUGCGGCAUCUCCGAGGCGCAACUUAAAGACAAAGAAACCUCCAAGGUUAUCUAUGACUUCAUCGAGAAGAAAGGAGGGGUGGAAGCUAUAAAAAAUGAGCUAAGGAGACAAGCUCCCCCACCCCCUCCAUCCAGGGGUGGACCGCCGCCCCCGCCCCCACACCACACCUCGGCCCCUCCGCCCCCGCCGCCUGCCCGUGGCAGAGGCGCUCCGCCACCCCCUCCGCCCUCCAGAGCCCCCUUCUCGGCGCCGCCGCCCCCCCCUCCAUCCCGGCCGGGCAUGAUCUCUCCCCCGCCACCUCCACCAAGCCGGGGCUUCCUGCCGCCACCGCCGCCGCCAGCCCAUUCCUCCAGCCUAGCGCCACCUCCCAUGACGACGUCCAUUCCAUUCGGCUCCGGAGCACCGCCGCCUCCUCCGCCGCCACCUCCUGGACCACCUCCACCUGGCAUGUCCAUGGAGGCUAACGGAGGCGACAGCGGGGGCAAGUCGGCCUUGCUGAAUCAGAUCCGGGAAGGCACCCAGCUGAAGAAGAUGGAGCAGAAAGAACGACCAGUGUCCAACGUUGGACGAGAUGCGCUCCUGGACCAAAUCCGACAAGGAAUCCAACUUAAAGCUAGGGACGAUAAUGACUCGCCUCCGUCUUCCAUGGCGCCCUCGGCCGGCAUUGUGGGUGCUCUGAUGGAGGUGAUGCAGGCGAGGAGCAAGGCCAUUCACUCAUCAGACGAGGACGAGGACGAUGAAGACGAUGAGGACUUUGAAGAUGCGGACGAGUGGGAUGACUAGUCAUGUUUUUAGAUAAUUAUGACACUUAAAUCUUUAAUUUGAAAUUACAAAAAUGUAAAUGUUCUAAUAAUUUGCUGUAUAUUUUUGUUGCCUUUAUGCUUCUUCUUUUUGUAUUAAUCUGUGCAAUACCUCAUUUAAUCAUAUCCGUUUUGUACUGUCCUCCAUCAGUGGCUCGUCUCUCACCACACAUUCCUUGCAUCCUGUCUCUCUCAUCGUCCCAACAAUAGCGUGCAGUUUUGACGUCAAGCUAACAUUUUUGUUAUUAGAGGCCUCCGUGGAGCGGGGGUGAAAAAAGAAAAAGCUAUUUUCAAACCCUAAUUGUGGUUUAUUUUUGACAAAUCUAAAGAUCCUAGUUUAACACUCAUAUUUUCUGUGAAAAAGUAAAAGAAUAUUUAGCCUCAUCUGAUCCCCUGUGUAAAUUUGCCCCAGAUUGUUCUAUUUUUCUUGUUUUUGCACAGACAGACUUGCUGCAUUUUCCUAUGUAUGCUUUAAGAAAUGAGAAAGAGGAUUUUUGCGGUGGUAUAUUGAUGGUUCACACUUAACUUUCUUAAAAAAUAAACUGACAAUGUUAUAUUAAUAAGUGACGUUUUUGACAGAGUAUACCAUUGAAACUCUUGAGGCACUUGGACAGAAAACCUUUAUUGUUAAGCAAAUAACAUUACAUUCAAGUGGAGACACCGCAGAGUUUGUUUUAUCUUUUUUUUACUUUACAAUAUCAAGUAUUGAAAAUAUUUGUUGGAAUCGGGUCAUUUUAGUAAAAUUUGAGGAAUAAAGACAUUUUUAGUUGUA